UGAAUAUGCAGUGAAGACGAGGAAGAUGAGAUAGAUGUCAACGAUGAUCUCAUCGGGGGGCGGAUCCACUGAUCGGCCGCCGUGCAGCUCAGCUCAGCUCAGCUCCGCUCAGUUGGCAGCCCAAGCGACCUCCCAACCCAAAGCUCCUCAACUUAACUCUCCUCCCUCCCAUCUCCCAUCUCACACCCCCAAAUCCUCAAUGCUGGUACCUCACUCAACCACCACAGCACCUUCAGAACUACCGCCAUGGAUUCGCUAACAAUCUACCUUCUCACCUUCAACUGCGCCCGCAACGUGGUUGACCUCGAUCGCUUCUCCCAGCAUUUCUUCGACGUCCUGCCCCUCGACGGCCCCAACUCCCCCGUAGCACCCCCCGACCUCGUGGUGCUCUCCCUCCAAGAAAUCGCCCCCCUCGCAUACGCCUUCCUGGGAGGCUCGUUCCUCACUCCCUACAUCGCCUCUCUGACGCAGGUGGUGGAUCGCGCGGUGGCCCAACGCUGGGAUGAUGCCCACUAUGUAAACCUUGUGACCGACCACUCCGGCAUGACGGGUCUCAUGGUGUUUGCUCGGUCGGAUAUUGCCGAAAACGUUUCGUCUGUCGACACGGCCCGGGUGGGAUUUGGGUUUCAGGAUAUGGGCAACAAAGGCGCCGUAGGGGCACGAGUCAGCUACACGGCCCCGAAAUUAGCCGGAGACCCCGUAGACCUCACUUUUGUCGCUGCACACCUCGCCCCCAUGGAGUAUGGCGCGGAACAGAGGAACGCAAACUGGCGCAGCCUGGUGGAAAGGCUGGUCUUCGGCGGAUCACCUGCGGCGGGUCGGGAAAUUGUCGAGACGGGCAGCGGGUCAGAGAAUGAGCCCCUGCUCCAGGAAUCUACGUCCGGUCCCCAGCAUGAUCACCGGGGUAUCUAUCUCCCUACAGGCUACCUUUUCCUAGCGGGCGACCUCAACUACCGCACCUCCAGUGUGUCCCCACAGAAGGAUGACCAUAGCCGAUUCCCGCGGGCGGACGUAGACCCCUCGGACCCUCGACACUUCUCGCAUCUCCUGAAACAGGAUCAGCUGUCCCGUGAAAUGGGCGAGUCUCGGUGUUUCCACGGACUCUCGGAAGCCCCAAUCACGUUUCCUCCGACUUACAAAUACGCGAUGGCAGCACGUCAGGCUGCAAGUGAUGCGACUGUGGAGGGUGCACGUUCGGAUUGGCAGUGGACGAGGACCCGGUGGCCCAGCUGGUGUGACCGUGUGUUAUAUCUGAAUGCCCCACUCGGUGUGGACAAUCCAGGACUGGUCAGACCGCUGCGGUAUGAUGCACUGCCGCUAUUUCCAACCUCCGACCACCGCGCCGUCGCGCUGUUGGUGUCGGUGCCCGCACAGGCGAGGCAGUUAGAGGAUGCGACGCCGCCGGUGGCCCCCUUUCCGAUCGAUCCAGAAUGGGAGAGUAAACGAGAGGAUGCGCGAAGGAAGGAGCUCGUGGUGGGCUGUUUGGCGUAUCUGGGCUGGACCUGGGAGGGGAACAUCCUGUUGGUCGCAUCAACGGUGGGAAUUUGGGUGGCAUGGCUCGUGCUUCGAUCGCUGUUUAACAUCUGAAGAUGCGGUUGCAGACUUGCAGGGCGCUGCGAGUGCGAACUCCAUAUGAAACUGCCCCAUGUCGAUCACCCCGAUCUCCGGCCUAACAGUAAAGCCGGCAUGAACGAUGAUUGUCCCGGCCGACCCCCCCAGCGCUCGAGUUUCACGC